GGCCGGCCCACGAACAUGUCUACUUUAGCCAACAAAACAGUAAAAAUUGUACCCUUUUCCCCUCGCACCUCCCUUCCUAUAUAAAUACAAGAUAAUUCUAUCCGUUAAGUGCAUCUUGAACACAUUCACACAUUAACAGAAAUUUCCCUUUUUUUUCCCAACUAGUUCACGUUUUAGCCAAUAGUACUUUCACAGAACAAUACUCAAAAUACAGAGAAUAGAGGUCUUUAACAAUGGCGGCCACUGAUAAAGCGGUGGAGACAGUUAUGGUCGGAAAUUACGUCGAAAUGGAGAGCUCAAGCGGCAAACCAGCCGACGUAAAGUCAAAGGUUUCGAAGCUCUUUUGGCACGGCGGCUCGACUUACGAUGCUUGGUUCAGCUGCGCUUCUAAUCAAGUGGCUCAGGUUCUGCUGACGUUGCCUUACUCGUUUUCUCAGCUGGGAAUGAUGUCAGGAAUUCUUUUCCAGCUGUUUUACGGCGUAAUGGGCAGCUGGACGGCGUACCUUAUCAGCAUUCUCUACGUUGAGUACAGAACCAGAAAAGAGAGGGAGAAAUUUGAUUUUAGAAAUCAUGUCAUUCAGUGGUUUGAGGUGCUUGAUGGGCUGCUUGGAAAGCACUGGAGGAACGUGGGUUUGGCUUUCAAUUGCACUUUCCUUCUGUUUGGAUCUGUAAUUCAGCUCAUUGCCUGUGCAAGAAUUUGGUCUUUUUUGGGUUUGAUUAUGACCACUUAUACAGCUUGGUACCUCACUAUUGCCUCCUUAUUACAUGGACAGGUGGAGGGUGUUAAGCAUUCGGGGCCAGCAAGGAUGGUUUUGUAUUUCACAGGGGCCACCAACAUUCUCUACACAUUUGGGGGACAUGCAGUUACAGUAGAGAUAAUGCAUGCUAUGUGGAAACCCCAAAAGUUCAAAUCCAUAUAUUUGGUAGCCACACUCUAUGUGUUGACUUUGACCUUACCUUCUGCAUCGGCUGUCUAUUGGGCAUUUGGCGAUUUACUCCUCAACCACUCCAAUGCUUUUUCUCUCCUCCCCAAGUCUCCUUUCAGGGACAUGGCCUUCAUAACGUUCGGAUUCGCUUGCACGCCGUUGUAUUUUGUGUGGGAGAAGGCGAUUGGUAUGCACGAGUGCCGGAGCAUGUGCAAACGGGCCGCGGCCCGAUUGCCGGUCGUGGUGCCCAUAUGGUUCCUAGCGAUAAUCUUCCCGUUUUUCGGGCCCAUCAACUCGACAGUCGGCUCGCUCCUCGUCAGCUUCACCGUCUACAUAAUCCCGGCUCUAGCGUACAUGUUCACCUUUCGAUCGGCCACGGCACGCGAGAAUGCAGUGGAGCAACCACCAAAAUACUUUGGAAGAUGGGUUGGGGCUUAUGUGAUCAACAUAUUUGUAGUUGUUUGGGUUUUGAUAGUUGGGUUUGGGUUUGGUGGAUGGGCCAGCAUGACCAAUUUUAUCCACCAAAUCGACACAUUUGGGCUUUUCACUAAAUGCUACCAAUGCCCACCUCAGCUGCCACCGCAUGUGGCCAAUGCCACCGGCCCACCGCCGCCUUUGGCCCACAAUUUCACUCAUUCGCCGCCGUAUGUUCACGGCCAUUGAGCUAGUGUCUUCACAAUGUUCUAUGAGAACGGAACUUUAGAAAUCUAGAUUUUAUUUUAGCAAUUUAGAUAGAAGACUACUAAGUUCGUUCAAAUCUUGAUCCUUUAAUUGAAUUUUGUUGUUUUUAUUGGCCAUAUAUUUAGUUUAUUCAAUGCAAGCUUGUUCUUC